AUGAUAUGUUCCAAAGACGUCAGGCAUUUGGAAGCCAAUCGCCUGAACAUCGAGGGCAUCCACUUGGAUCGCAAGUACCGUUGGGACGAGGCGCUUCCCGGAUUCGAUGGAGCUAGCGCAGCAGCUGUUUUCCGCAAGGCCAUGACAGUGAUGCCUCACUUCGACCCACGCACGGCCAACAAUUUGGCCAGUGUAAUCUACAAGAAUGCCACGUAUCGUUCCUCCGGUUGGACUGAGGCCUCGCCCUUCUACCGCGAGGCGCAGAAGUUGUUGCAACGCGCCUUGAAACUGCUGCCAGGCCCAUCUGUAUAA